CGUGCCGGAAGCGCCGGCUCCGCCGGGGCGGUUGGCGCUGUAGCUUGAGAGGGAGAUGCCGGGUCCUCCCGAAGGCUAGCGACAGGAGACGAUGAGCUGCGCCAAUCACUGGGGCGCACGGCUGCUGAGCCUACGCGUGGCCCCCGCCGGCGUGUUCUGCGUGGCCUUCCUGGCCCGGGUGGCCUUGGUUUUCUACGGGGUCUUCCAGGACCGCACGCUGCUCGUGCGCUACACGGACAUCGACUACCACGUGUUCACGGACGCGGCGCGCUUCGUCACGGAGGGCCGCUCCCCGUACGCCCGGGCCACGUACCGGUACAGCCCGCUGCUCAGCUGGCUCCUCACGCCCAACGUGUACGUGAGCGAGCUCUUCGGCAAGUUCCUGUUCAUCAGCUGCGACCUCCUCACCGCCGCCCUGGCCUACCGCCUGCUGCUGCUCCGCGGGCUCGGGCGGCGCCGCGCGUGCGGCUACUGCGUCUUCUGGCUCCUGAACCCGCUGCCCAUGGCCGUGUCCAGCCGAGGCAACGCCGACUCCGUCGUGGCCUCCCUGGUGCUCGGCGCCCUGUACCUCAUCGAGAAGCGCCUGGUGGCGGCCGCCGCGCUCGUGUACGGCUUGGCGGUGCACAUGAAGCUGUACCCCGUGACCUACAUCCUCCCCAUCGCCCUGCACCUGCCGCCCGAGCGCGCGCGCAUGCGCGGCCGGGCCCCGGGCGCAUCCGGGUAUUCGUGGCCGGCGCGCCUCCGCGACUUGCUGAGCAGGCUGUGCCAUCCGUCGGUGCUGCGCUUCGUGGCCGUGGCGGGGCUCACGUUCUCGGCCCUGAGCUUGGGUUUCUACUGUAAAUACGGCUGGGAGUUCCUGGAGCACGCCUACCUCUAUCACGUGACCCGGCGGGAUAUCCGGCACAACUUUUCCCCGUACUUCUACCUGCUGUACUUGACGGCCGAGAGCCCGGGGAGCCUCGCGCUGGGCCUCGCCGCCUUCCUGCCGCAGUGCCUGCUGCUCGCCGCCGUGUCCUUCGCCUACUACAGGGACCUCGUCUUCUGCUGUUUCCUUCACACGGCCAUUUUCGUCACCUUCAACAAAGUCUGCACCUCCCAGUACUUCCUCUGGUACCUCUGCCUUCUGCCUGUCGUGAUGCCCCUGGUGAGGAUGCCCUGGAGAAGGGCCGUGGUGCUGCUCCUGCUCUGGUUCGUCGGGCAGGCGCUGUGGCUGGCCCCCGCCUAUGCCCUGGAGUUCCAGGGGAAGAACACGUUUCUGCUCAUUUGGUUGGCUGGGUUGUUCUUCCUGCUCAUCAACUGUUCCAUUCUGAUUCAGAUAAUUUCCCACUACAAGGAGGAGCUCCCAGCAGAGAGACUCAAAUAUGACUGACGAAAUGUUCUGGACCUUCUGCCACUUAUAUACGUUCUGAUUAUCUUGGAUGGAGCACGAAAGAAAAAAAAUAUUUUUGGAUUUUUUUUUUUCCUCCCUGAACAGUCUGGGUACUCUAAUGAAGGUUCCCUUGUUCCAACAAAUUCAGACCAGUGCUGCCUGCCUUAUGAGUAAGGGGACCCGAUAAUCGAGGCCUACCUUUUAGAAAAAUCUUAGGACUCAUUUGUUUAGGAUGCCAUGAGAAAAAAAACUGAAAGGCCGAUGAAACCAUCAAAAGUUGAAAAUUCCUGUGGAAUUUUAGGACUAUAUGAUCAAUACCGGUAUUGGUUCCGGUUAUACUAUGCCAGGGUCUUAAGCUGUGUCUUACUCCCCAAUUUGUCUUCCUGUAGUUUUCCUGAUAGCUGUGAAAAUUCACAGUAUUCAUACAUACAACCUUUUAAGAUACAAAGUAUUAAGUAAUACUAUGCUAUGUUGGGAAAGUUUUGUAUUAAAUGUGGGGCUUGUUUUGUGA